AUGCCGGGCACUUCGACUCCAGGCGCCGAGGGCCCUACCUUUGCGCCUCCAAGCCUGCCCGCUGGUUGGAUCGCGCAGUGGGAUGGUUCCAGCAGAAAGUACUACUACGUCCAGCUGGCCACUGGUGUUUCUCAGUGGGAUAUUCCCACCGAUCCUGUCCAGACAGGCACUCCGAUUCCCGGCGCAGAGCAUCCUUACGGCUCACCCGCGCCUCAGGUCAUCACGCACCCGGACGGCUCGCAGACCAUAAAGCACUCGGAUGGAACCAUGGAGCCCAUCCUGCCUGAUGGCCCAGCUGGCGAGCGUGGACUUGGGUCUAUGGCCUUGAACGCACUUACGGGCGGCAAAAGUUCGAGUAGUGGUGGCAGCGGUGGAAACCCCCUGGGCGGCCUAGCUGCUCAGUUCCUCGGCGGUGGCUCCCAUGGGGGCAGCGGAGGAUCUUCCGGUAGCGGCGGUGGUAAAGACUCUAUUGCCGGAAAACUGGUUGGACAGCUGGCGUCGAACUUGUUCUCGUCCUCUGGCAAACCUUCACAGUCUCAAAACUACCACCAAGGUCAAGGCGGCUCCUCAGGCGGCGGAUCGCAACAUUCAAGCGGUCUGGCUGGUGUGGUGGGUGGCCUAUUUGGCGGGGACAAACCAAGUCACGGUCAAAACUCGAGCUUUGGCUACUCGAAUUCAGGAUCGGGCGGUAACGCAUACUCUGGCUCAGCACCGACCUACAAUCCUCCAGGGUCUACUCAUGGGUCUGGUCACGCGGCAACGUCCUCGACAUCGCACACGGGCUCUCACCAGAGUCCUCCUUCUGGCCACAAUAACUCGUACCCUCCACCUCCUCCUGGAGGACCACCUGGCGGCCAAAAUUAUGGACAGCAGUCAUACGGUGGCAACCAAUCAUACUCGCAUAAUCAGCCUCCCAGUCCAUACGGCGGAUCGCACGACCAGCACUCACAACAGCAUGGAGGUGGCGGCUAUACACCGCAGCAGCCCUCUUAUGGCUCCCCUUCUCACCAGCAAGGCUACGGUGCUCCCUCACCAGGCGGACAGCAUGGUGGACAUCAGCCCAACUAUGGAGCUCCACCAGGACAACACCAGCCAGGCUAUGGAGCCCCUCCUGGAGGACAACAUCAACAGAAUUACGGCGGUACAACGCCGGGUGGCCAUCCGCCAUACCAGCCACAAGGCCAACAGUCGCCGCAAUUCCCUCCUCCUCCGGGACAGCACCAGCACCAACAAUACCCCCCGCCUCCCGGACAGCAACAGCAGUAUCCUCCUCCGCCCGGACAACACCAGCAAUAUCCUCCUCCGCCCGGCAGCGGAGGUUACAACCCAUCAUAUGGUACGCCGAGUGGUCAGCAGCAGUAUGGCCAGCAACCUUACCAGCCAGGUGCUCCUCAUCAAUCAGGUGCUUCUCACCAACACGGCGCUCCUCCUGUGCCCCAUGGCAGCCACCCAAGCCACGGAGGAUACGGCAGUGGCUACUAA